GUCGGGUCUUUGCUGCCAGUGCCAGACCUCCACUUUCAACUUCCUCGCUUCGAAAGGUGCAGGUGAAUACCUGUACAACAUACUGGAAAAUAACACAAAGUCCUCAUUGAAUCACUUCCUCGACUCAAGGUGGAUAUAAUUCUUUCGCUUUUUGACACAUUUUGUUUAGGUCUCUUGAUUCGAUCACCAAAUGGUUUGGACUCAGAGCGUGAAAAUAAAAGGUCCACCUGUCAAGAUCAACCUCAACCUCACUCACUUUACAGCACGAGCACGGGUGCAUUGAUCUACCAUCAAGAGUGCUCGACGCAAACAUGGUGAUGGUGAUCGCCGCCGCAGGCGUAGGGCUUGCGAUAGGCGCCCUUGCCUCGCGCCGACCGCUCGUGGCCUUUCUCACCACUAUGUUCCUCUACAUCGUUACCCUGCUCAUUGUAUUCACUGCUCUUCAUAUCCGAGUCGUCAGGCGUCGCCGCAGAACAGUAAACAGAGAACUGUCUUCUCUCAAUCAACGUCGCACCCCGUAUGAUUACCGUGUCUUCGUCCUCGGCUCCGGAGGUCACACCAAGGAGAUGCUCAUGAUGAUGGACGAUGGCUUCAACAACUUUGAUGGUUUUCACCGACGAUAUUUGAUUUCUUCUGGUGAUACCAUGUCGGAGGAUCAUCUUGAAGAUUACGAAGCAGACCUGAAGACACUGUGUGCUGCUGAGGGCACCAACCCAGGAGCAUACGACGUUUUCACCGUCACUCGUGCGCGCCGUGUUCACCAAUCACUUCUGACUACUCCAUACACAGCCUUUCUCAGCAUGGUCAGCAUAUUCCCGGCUCUGUUGACUCCGCCACCCAAAAUCGAUGGUGUCGAGCUCGUGUAUCCUACUUGUAUCUACUCCAACGGACCCGCGACUGGCUUCUUUGUCGGCCUGGCCGUGCACCUUCUCAAGAUCUUGGGCAAGAUACCCGAGAACUCGAUGCACUUCAUCUACAUCGAGUCCUGGGCACGUAUCAGCACCUUGAGCCUCACAGGCAAGCUCCUCUACUACACCGGCAUUGCGGACGUUUUGGUACAGCACAAAGAAGUUGCUGAAAAGUAUGGACUCAAGAACUGUGGAGAGAUGGUCUUCAACGCUCGACGACCUGAUGUUUCAUCGACAGAUGAUAAGAUGAUGGGAUGAGAUCCCAAUCCAAGUAUCUCUUGGAAUAUGCGUUUCUGCUUUUUGAUACAUAGACAAUAAAGGUUACAUAGUUUGUGUACAUGACGGGUAUCAUCCGCCCUCCUUGAUAUUAUUAUAUCAAGGUGAUUUCUUGCCCUCAGCAGCC